CGCAUCAGUCAGAAAUCAUGGCGCCGACCAAGAAACGCAACGUGAGUUUAGCAAAAACUACAGAAAAACAUGCGAAAGUAGCUAAAAUAGACCUUAAUAACAAGCUUGAGAAAAUUCUUGAGAGCAGAAAACAUGCUAACGACGUGUUUGACGUCCUGGAGGUCCUUGAGUCUGAAAAAGAGAAGUCUAUUAUCAGUGCUGUUGAUGCCUGCAGUAAAUUGUUCUGCACGUUAUUGGAAAGGAAAGAGCUGUUUAUGGGAAAGCUGCCUGAAGAAGACGAUGCUCUGUGUGGAGCAUAUAGUCCUGAAGAGAAGUACCACAUAUUCAUGAGACACCGUUACAACAGCUGUGUGGAGAUGCUGCUGGAACACCUCAGCCAUGAACUUUAUGGAGUAAAGGAGAGCUCGCUGUGCUGCUUGAUGAAAUUUGCUGCUGCAGAAGGACAGCAUCCUCUCGAGGACUUGGAUUGGUCUGAACACUACAGCUUCCCAAGACAACUCAUUCAGGCUGUGAUGGACAGACUCCUGUCCAAAACUGCAGACAACUCCCUGCUGAUCUCCAGAUUUCAGGAGUUCCUUGGAUUGGAAGACGUCCGCUACUAUGUCAUGAGCUCCAUCCGUGAGAAUGUGGGCAGAGUCAUGGAAAAAAACAAAGGGGCUGUGAUGCCCGUAUAUCAAAGCAAUGUGUUCACCCUCAUGUCCAACAUCAGUGUGCCGAGCCAGGAGUCAGAGCUUACAAACUUUAUGGUCAAACAGGGAGCCAAGCACGAGGACUGGAAAGCUGCCAAAUUGCUUGAACACAAGCGCACCUUUGAGAGGAUGUGGUUGGGCUUUCUCAAGUAUAAGCUACCAGGCAACAUGUAUAAAAAAGUCCUUGUGAUCCUCCAUGAUGCCAUUUUGCCGCACAUGAGUAAGCCCACACUGAUGAUCGACUUCUUGACAGCUGCCUAUGAUGUUGGUGGUGCUAUCAGCUUACUGGCCUUAAAUGGUCUGUUUGUCCUCAUACACCAACACAACCUAGAUUACCCCGAUUUCUACAAGAAGUUGUAUAAUCUGCUUGAGCCUUCUGUUUUCCAUGUGAAGUACAGAGCUCGCUUUUUCCACUUAGCCAACCUCUUCCUUAGCUCCAGUCACUUGCCAGUGUACCUAGUUGCUGCCUUUGCCAAACGCCUAGCUCGUCUGGCUCUCACAGCUCCGCCCACAGCCCUCCUCAUAGUGCUGCCCUUCAUCUACAACCUGAUCCGACGUCACCCAUCCUGCAGAGUCCUCAUUCACAGGCCCAGCGCUGGAGAUGAGCUCUUGGAGGAUCCAUAUCUUAUGGAUGAAGAGGAUCCUGCUCAGUGCCGUGCUUUAGAGAGCAGCUUGUGGGAGAUAAAGACUCUGCAGAAACAUUAUCACCCAGAUGUUGCUAAAGCUGCUAUGCUGAUUAACACGCCUCUAUCAGAACAAGAGGAUGACAUCAGUGAGGUUUUGGAGAUCACGACAUUUGAGCUGAUGGAGAGAGACCUGAAGCAGUCUCAGCUGAAGAACAUCCCGCUAGAGUUUGAAACUGCCACACAGUUACUGAAAGAAGGAGGAGAUGUGUUAGGACAGCACUUCUGUCUUGGAUGAAAGAAGUAAUAUGACAAAAGGAACUGCAUUUUCAGCUUGCAGCAACAAUAAGAAAAAUAUCUAUAGAAAUGCAUUUAUUCUUGACCUGUGUAUCUAUGUCUUUAUGUUUUAGAUGUGCUGUUUAUGCACAUCAAUAAAACCCAUUUUCUUAAAA